UGGAGGGUCAAAACCUUAAAAAUGCUUUUAGAAAUGAGCCCAGUGAUUGUGAUUUUAAUAAAUAAAAAAUAAUAAAUAAAAAUUAAAUCUAAAGAAAUUAAAUAAAGAAAGUUGAGUAACAAAUUCACCCAUUUCUACCUUAAAAAUAGGAUUAUUUCGAGCUCUAAUCUCAUUUUAAAUGUCAGGCCUCCUCUUACUCCACCAAUCACGUGGUCACGUGGUUUCAGUCACAUGACCUGCGCGCUGAACUGAGUCUGCGCGGGCAGCUGCAGGACACCGCUUCUCCUCUGGACUCUGUUUUCCUUGCUCCUCUCAGAAAAGGGCGACUUUCCACAACUUUUGUCGACUAUUUUUGUUGUUUUAUCAUUGUUUUAUGUUUCCAAGUGCCGCUAAUAUAUUUAAUUCCCCUCAUGGAUCCCUCGAGACGAAACGACUCGUCAGCAGAGCAGGAAGGCCUGUCCGCCAUGAUGAACUACGGCUCCACCGAGGGCAGCGGCGAACACCAGCAUCCCAACAACCACCACAGCUGUAACCACGGCAACCACAGCUUUCCCACGAUGACGGGCGAGCACUGGGUCAGGGCGGACGAGGAGGAAGAGGCCCUGCGCAGGAAGCUGAAGUUUUUCUUCAUGAGUCCGUGUGAUAAAUAUCACGCUAAAGGCCGCAAGCCGUGGAAACUGAUCCUGCAGCUGCUCAAGAUCGUCAUCGUCACGGUUCAGCUGGUUCUGUUCGGCCUCAGUAACCAGGUGGUGGUCACCUUCAAGGAGGAGAACACCAUGACCUUCAAGCACCUGUUCCUCAAAGACUACGACGACUCCUCAGGCGACUCGUUUGCCGUCUACACCCAGCAGGACGUGUACGACCACAUCUUUCAUGUGGUGGAGAAGUAUCUGACCUUACCAGAGACCACAGUCGGGCGCUACGCGUACGUCUACGACGUCGGCGUGAACGGCAGCGCCCUCUCCCUCUGCCAGCAGUACUACAAGAAGGGUCGGAUCGACCCGGCCAACGACACCUUCAGCAUCGACCCUCAGAUCAAGACAGAUUGCAUCGGACUGAACCCUCUGUCCGUUCCGGUGCAGCAGCUUGGCAGCAGCUACAGGAACUUCACUCUCAAGUUCCACAAGCUGAUUAACGUCACCAUCGAGUUCCAGCUGAAGGCGAUUAACAUCCAGACAAUCAUCAACAAUGAGAUUCCUGACUGCUACACUUUUUACAUCAGAGUGGUUCUGGACAACAAGGCUCACAGCGGGAAGGUGAAGAUCUGGUUGGAGAACAAGGCGACCAUAAAGGAGUGCAAAGACCCGAGCGUCUCCGGACACGCUGAGAACUACACCCGGGUGGCGUUUGAUGUGGCCGUGGCCGUGGCGUGCCUGCUGUCUCUGGUGCUUUGUGGACGCUCCAUCGUGCGAGGCGUCAUGCUGCAGCAGGAGUUUGUGCGGUACUUUAAGGAGAACCUGGACCGGCCGGUGUGCUGGACCGACCGCCUGGAGUUCAUCAACGGCUGGUUCAUCCUCCUCAUCAUCAGCGACAUCUUCACCAUCACUGGCAGCAUCAUCAAAAUCGGCAUCGAGUCAAAGAACAUGUCGUCGUACGACCUCUGCGGCAUCCUCCUGGGAACCUCCACUCUGUUGGUGUGGGUGGGGGUCAUCCGCUACCUCACCUUCUUCCAGAAGUACAACAUCCUCAUCAUCACUCUGCGAGCUGCGUUCCCCAACGUCAUCCGCUUCUGCUGCUGUGUGGCGGUCAUCUACCUGGGUUACUGCUUCUGCGGGUGGAUCGUGCUCGGACCGUACCACGUCAAGUUCCGCUCCCUGUCCAUGGUGUCGGAGUGCCUGUUCUCCCUGAUCAACGGGGACGACAUGUUUGUGACGUUCUCCGAGAUGCAGGAGAGCAGCAACCUGGUGUGGCUGUUCAGCCAGCUCUACCUGUACACCUUCAUCUCCCUCUUCAUCUACAUGGUGCUGUCUCUGUUCAUCGCGCUCAUCACGGGGGCCUACGAGACCAUAAAGCAUCAAACCCAAGAGCCCAUCCACAUAACGGACCUCCACGCCUUCAUCGCAGAGUGCACCGACGCUCCGAGCUCCGGGAAGUUCCGAGGUCUGGAGACGUCGCCGUGCUCCUUCUUCUGCUGCUGUGACAGAACAACCACAUAUGAGGAUGUCCUGCUGGUGAACUGAGAUGACCUCAGAAAGCCUCUGAAGUGUCAGGGAGCUCCCCCUGCUGGCAGACAGGGUGCACUGCACCCGACUGCACACAGAACCAAAGCAGGAGCGAGGAAUCGCCACCGGCUGCUGGACGACCGUCCGAACUGAACCGCAGUCUUCUUACUGAAGAUUUUAUUCUUUCUCCUGGUGUUUGACUCUCUGAAGAAGAAACUACCGGGAGAUUUCCUCUGAGCUGUCACAAGAACUUCUACCCAAACAUUUCCCGUUUUUAUUUUCCUUUUAAUCAGUAUUCGUUGUGUUUGUUAUUCAAUCAUGACUCAGCCGCAUGAACUGUUGGUGCAAAAGAAGAGCGGCUGUGGCGGCGCAACUCUUUUAGUUUUUUAUGUGUUUUGUAUGAUUUCAAACGUUUGUGUUUCUUCUGAUUUUAACGCGACAGAUCAAAGCCACAAUAAUGAAGGAGCGUCUCAGAAGACGGGAACAGCGACCUCAAAGGCGGAGCCUGUUUUUAAUGAUCCCAUCCAGCCUCUAAUGAUCCUCUGGAAGAUGAAUCUUCUUUAAUGAUGAAAACUUUUCCCAAAUAACGAGAGAUUUUUUAAAAACUUUAUUCGUUUCCUGUCGGACUACAAACAAACUCUCUGAACUUGAACAAAGGAAACAGCAGUUAUUUAUAAUUGCUUUCCCAGUAAAUCUUUUGUUUUCUUUUUAGGUUUUUUGUGAAGGAAGCCUUUCUUUAUAUGUUUUGUACCAAACAAACGCACAAUAGUUGAGAAGCUUUUAUUCUUCUCACUGAUUCCAGCAGGUAUUUUGUAAAAACGUCAUCAAAUGUGCCUGAAGCGUCCACCAGGACGCUGACCUGCUGUAUCUUUGAGAUCCAGCUACAAACUGCACUUGAACUGUACUUUAGAGAACGGCGAGAUGUUGUGUAGUCAUCUGCUCAAAAAACACAAUGUUUGUGAGUCCGCUUUGAUAUUAAAACAUCCGUUUAUAGUACAAA